AUGGAAGGCCUCCCUACCAAGGACCAGCUUAUUAAGAGGAACAUCCAAGUUGGACAGAAUUGCAGUUUUUGCUGGGCUGGGAUUGAAAGUCAUGAACAUCUCUUCUUCAUUUACCCCUUUUCAAGUAGCAUUUGGGGUAAAGUUAGCUCUUUGUGUUCUCAAGGAGGAGGGGGACCUACCACUAUUCAGAGUGCAAUUGCUUGGCUUGCUAGUAGUGCUUGUGCUGAUGAUAUGUUAGAUAUGGUUCCUAAAUUGGCUUUUUGUGCCACUGUCCACUACAUUUGGUGGGAAAGAAAUCGAAGACUUUUUGAGAAUAAGGUUAGGACUCAUGACCAGAUUGUUGAGGCCAUUCGGCUGGAUGUGUCUAUUAAAUGUGCUGCUUUCUCCAUUUCGGUGAUCCAAAACCCUAGGAACCAGUUCCUAGCUGAUAAGUGGGGCCUUAGGGUGGAUUGGAAGACUAUUACUCAGAAAACUUGUGCCUGGUUUAGGCCUCCAGCUAAUAUGACCGUUCUUCAUUGUGAUGGAUCCUUAACGGUUGAUAGGGCCUCCUAUGGUGGGAUAAUUUGUGAUGCUACAGGUGCAGCCAUUAUGGCUUUUGUGGGUAAUGGAGACAACAAUUCUGUUCUUAGCAUGGAGCUUUAUGCAAUUUUAAGGGGGGUUUCUUUUUGUGUUCAAAACAGCCAGCUUCAGGUUUCCAUAAGAUCUGAUUCCAAGCUUGCAGUGGAUAUUCUGAAUGGGGUCGUGAGCUGCCCUUGGAAUAUGCAAACUUUGAGAGAUCGUAUUUCUUCUAUCUUCCAUCACCUACAACGUAAGGAAAUCAAACAUGUUUGGAGGGAGAUCAAUCAGCCAGCAGACUUUAUUGCUUCUAUGGAUACUGGAGAUGGGGAAGUUAUUAUUUAUCCACCGGAUUUCCCACCGGAAUUGGUGGAGUUGAUAAAAAAUGACUAUGACCGGAAAGUCUAUUUUCGAAACUUGUAA